AUGAAGAAAGGCCUCAUCGUCAAAGAUCACGGCAUCCGCCUGCUGGAGGCUCAGAUCGCCACUGGCGGCAUCAUCGACCCAGUGCAAAGUCAUCGCCUGCCCGUCAACGUAGCAUACAAGCGGGGCUUCUUUGACGAGGAAAUGAACCGCGUCCUCUCAGAUCCCUCCGAUGACACCAAGGGCUUCUUUGACCCCAACACCCACGAGAACCUCACCUACUUGCAGCUCCGGCACAGGUGUCUCCCGAUCCUGAGACCGGUCUGUUGAUGCUGCAAGUGUUGGACAAGGGCUCCUUUUCCUUCUAUCUGAACGACAGCACGAGAAAGGCCCUGCAGUCUGCCAAGACCAGGGUUGGCGUGGGCCUCUUCGUGGGCCAAGACGUCUCCGCCUGGGACCUCCUCUUCUCCAGAUACAUCUCUCCGCAUAAGAGGAUGGAGCUGCUGAAGCAGUACAAAGCUGGCACCCUAACCCUUGAGGAGAUCACCCACAUCCUCGUUACCACCGUUACCGAGACAGAGGAAAAGAACGCCAAGCUGACGGGCCAUGAACACGCUCCACGUACACCUCAAGCAACAUCACCAAAGCGAGACACUGCUCAGCCAUCCUUCGAAGAGAACUGGCAGAAGACCUUGAAGUCCACGACCCUCAAAAUGCCUGCUGGGCCACAAAGAGGCCAGACGGUCACUGUGUGGGACCUGCUCUUCUCCAACUAUAUCACAGAAGAAAAGAGGGCAGAGUUCUUGGACUUGUACAAGAGAGGGAUGAUAUCAAUGGACCGGUUGAUCCAUGUCCUCACCACCCUGGUCACCAAAAAGGAAGCCACAAGUAGGAAAUUGGACAUUAAAGUGAGAAGCCCCAGCAACGAUGACCCUGAACGGGAGGAGGAGGAGGAGAAGGAUGAUGAUGAUGAAGAGGAGAUGGACGCGCCAGUACUGGGAGAAAAGGAAGCGGCUCUGAAAUCCCGGAAGGUUAAAGUCACCGCAAGCGCGUUCCAUGGAAGGGAGGUUUCCGUGUGGGACGUGCUCCACUCCAAAUACAUCCCUGAGGAGAAGCGGAAGGAGCUGCUUCAAUGCUAUAAAUCCGGCAUCCUCACCAUUGACCAAAUGGAAACUGUAGUCACCGCCAUCGUCAACAAAACAGAGGAGGAGAAAACAAAGGAAGCAUCCCACUCGCCCUCGGGAAGCUGGGAAGAGCCCUUGCGGAAUCACACUGUGGUCCUGCAUGUGGGUGAGUUCCAGGGGCAAGAAGUCUCCCUGUGGGACCUCCUCUUCUCUCAAUACGUUCCAGAAGCCCAGAGAGAGGAGCUCUUCACAAAGUACCGGUCGGGAAUCCUCAGCAUUCAGGAAAUGAUCGUCACGCUGGCCCCUCUUCUCACAGAGACAGGAGGAAGCCACGGAGAAGAUGGAGAAGCUCCCCGCAGUCCCAGCAGGGAAAUAUCCUCUCGCGAGGAAGAACUAGAAAGUGCCUUGCGCAGGGUGACCGUGGAGGUGCCCUCGGGCGAGUUCCAAGGCCACAGGCAGUCCGCAUGGGACCUUCUCUUCUCCAAAUACGUGACCGCAGACAAACGGCAGGAACUCCUGGAGAAGUACCGAGCAGGAUCCUUGACCAGCGAGGAGCUCGUCCGAAGAAUCACCAUCCUCAUUGAGGAGAUGGAGGAAAAGAGCAACAAGCUGAAAUUCUCCGGGCUCAGGAGGCAGGUGACAGCCUCGGAGCUCUUCAACUCGGAAAUCAUUGACAAGGAAACACUCUCUGAACUCACACACGGAACCAAAACUGUGGAAGAGGUCACGGAAAGAGAUUCGGUGAAGCGCUACCUGGAGGGCACCAGCUGCAUUGCCGGAGUUCUCGUGCCGUCCCGCUCAGACCCUUCCAAGACAGAGAAGAUGACCAUCUACCAGGCCAUGUGGAAAGGCUUCUUGAGGCCGGGCACCGCCCUGGUGCUGCUGGAGGCCCAGGCCGCCACCGGGUUCAUCACGGACCCUCUGAAGAACGAGAAGCUCUCUGUGGAUGAAGCUGUCUCUGCCGAGCUGGUGGGCGCCGAGCUGAAGGAGAAGCUUCUCUCUGCAGAGAGAGCCGUGACCGGAUACAACGACCCCUACACGGGGAACAAGAUCUCCCUUUUCCAGGCCAUGAAGAAAGGCCUCAUCGUCAAAGAUCACGGCAUCCGCCUGCUGGAGGCUCAGAUCGCCACUGGCGGCAUCAUCGACCCAGUGCAAAGUCAUCGCCUGCCCGUCAACGUAGCAUACAAGCGGGGCUUCUUUGACGAGGAAAUGAACCGCGUCCUCUCAGAUCCCUCCGAUGACACCAAGGGCUUCUUUGACCCCAACACCCACGAGAACCUCACCUACUUGCAGCUCCGGCACAGGUGUCCCCGAUCCUGAGACCGGUCUGUUGAUGCUGCAAGUGUUGGACAAGGGCUCCUUUUCCUUCUAUCUGAACGACAGCACGAGAAAGGCCCUGCAGUCUGCCAAGACCAGGGUUGGCGUGGGCCUCUUCGUGGGCCAAGACGUCUCCGCCUGGGACCUCCUCUUCUCCAGAUACAUCUCUCCGCAUAAGAGGAUGGAGCUGCUGAAGCAGUACAAAGCUGGCACCCUAACCCUUGAGGAGAUCACCCACAUCCUCGUUACCACCGUUACCGAGACAGAGGAAAGGAACGCCAAGCCGAUGGGCCAUGAACACGCUCCACGUACACCUCAAGCAACAUCACCAAAGCGAGACACUGCUCAGCCAUCCUUCGAGGAGAACUGGCAGAAGACCUUGAAGUCCACGACCCUCCAAAUGCCUGCCGGGCCACAAAGAGGCCAGACGGUCACGGUGUGGGACCUGCUCUUCUCCAACUAUAUCACAGAAGAAAAGAGGGCAGAGUUCUUGGACUUGUACAAGAGGGGGAUGAUAUCAGUGGACCGGUUGAUCCAUGUCCUCACCACCCUGGUCACCAAAAAGGAAGCCACAAGUAGGAAAUUGGACAUUAAAGUGAGAAGCCCCAGCAACGAUGACCCUGAGCGGGAGGAGGAGGAGGAAGAAGACAAUGAUGAUGAUGAUGAAGAGGAGAUGGAUGCGCCAGUACUGGGAGAAAAAGAAGUGGCUCUGAAAUCCCGGAAGGUUAAAGUCACCGCAAGCGCGUUCCAUGGAAGGGAGGUUUCCGUGUGGGACGUGCUCCACUCCAAAUACAUCCCUGAGGAGAAGCGGAAGGAGCUGCUUCAAUGCUAUAAAUCCGGCAUCCUCACCAUUGACCAAAUGGAAACUGUAGUCACCGCCAUCGUCAACAAAACAGAGGAGGAGAAAACAAAGGAAGCAUCCCACUCGCCCUCGGGAAGCUGGGAAGAGCCCUUGCGGAAUCACACUGUGGUCCUGCAUGUGGGUGAGUUCCAGGGGCAAGAAGUCUCCCUGUGGGACCUCCUCUUCUCUCAAUACGUUCCAGAAGCCCAGAGAGAGGAGCUCUUCACAAAGUACCGGUCGGGAAUCCUCAGCAUUCAGGAAAUGAUCGUCACACUGGCCGCUCUUCUCACAGAGACAGGAGGAAGUCACGGUGGAGAUGGAGAAGCUCCCCACAGUCCUAGCAGGGAAACAUCCUUGUGCGAGGAAGAACUAGAAAGUGCCUUGCGCCGGGUGACCGUGGAGGUGCCCUCGGGCGAGUUCCAAGGCCACAGGCAGUCCGCAUGGGACCUUCUCUUCUCCAGAUACAUCUCUCCGCAUAAGAGGAUGGAGCUGCUGAAGCAGUACAAAGCUGGCACCCUAACCCUUGAGGAGAUCACCCACAUCCUCGUUACCACCGUUACCGAGACAGAGGAAAAGAAUGCCAAGCUGACGGGCCAUGAACACGCUCCACGUACACCUCAAGCAACAUCACCAAAGCGAGACACUGCUCAGCCAUCCUUCGAAGAGAACUGGCAGAAGACCUUGAAGUCCACGACCCUCCAAAUGCCUGCUGGGCCGCAAAGAGGCCAGACGGUCACUGUGUGGGACCUGCUCUUCUCCAACUAUAUCACAGAAGAAAAGAGGGCAGAGUUCUUGGACUUGUACAAGAGGGGGAUGAUAUCAGUGGACCGGUUGAUCCAUGUCCUCACCACCCUGGUCACCAAAAAGGAAACCACAAGUAGGAAAUUGGACAUUAAAGUGAGAAGCCCCAGCAAUGAUGACCCUGAAUGGGAGGAGGAACAGAAGGAUGAUGAUGAUGAUGAUGAAGGGGAGAUGGACGCGCCAGUACUGGGAGAAAAGGAAGUGGCUCUGAAAUCCCGGAAGGUUAAAGUCACCGCAAGCGCGUUCCAUGGAAGGGAGGUUUCCGUGUGGGACGUGCUCCACUCCAAAUACAUCCCUGAGGAGAAGCGGAAGGAGCUGCUUCAAUGCUAUAAAUCCGGCAUCCUCACCAUUGACCAAAUGGAAACUGUAGUCACCGCCAUCGUCAACAAAACAGAGGAGGAGAAAACAAAGGAAGCAUCCCACUCGCCCUCGGGAAGCUGGGAAGAGCCCUUGCGGAAUCACACUGUGGUCCUGCAUGUGGGUGAGUUCCAGGGGCAAGAAGUCUCCCUGUGGGACCUCCUCUUCUCUCAAUACGUUCCAGAAGCCCAGAGAGAGGAGCUCUUCACAAAGUACCGGUCGGGAAUCCUCAGCAUUCAGGAAAUGAUCGUCACGCUGGCCCCUCUUCUCACAGAGACAGGAGGAAGCCACGGAGGAGAUGGAGAAGCUGCCCGCAGUCCCAGCAGGGAAAUAUCCUCUCGCGAGGAAGAACUAGAAAGUGCCUUGCGGCAGGUGACCGUGGAGGUGCCCUCGGGCGAGUUCCAAGGCCACAGGCAGUCUGCAUGGGACCUUCUCUUCUCCAAAUACGUGACCGCAGACAAACGGCAGGAACUCCUGGAGAAGUACCGAGCAGGAUCCUUGACCAGCGAGGAGCUCGUCCGAAGAAUCACCAUCCUCAUUGAGGAGAUGGAGGAAAAGAGCAACAAGCUGAAAUUCUCCGGGCUCAGGAGGCAGGUGACAGCCUCGGAGCUCUUCAACUCGGAAAUCAUUGACAAGGAAACACUCUCUGAACUCACACACGGAACCAAAACUGUGGAAGAGGUCACGGAAAGAGAUUCGGUGAAGCGAUAUCUGGAGGGCACCAGCUGCAUUGCCGGAGUUCUCGUGCCGUCCCGCUCAGACCCUUCCAAGACAGAGAAGAUGACCAUCUACCAGGCCAUGUGGAAAGGCUUCUUGAGGCCGGGCACCGCCCUGGUGCUGCUGGAGGCCCAGGCCGCCACAGGGUUCAUCACGGACCCUCUGAAGAACGAGAAGCUGUCUGUGGAUGAAGCUGUCUCUGCCGAGCUGGUGGGGGCCGAGCUGAAGGAGAAGCUUCUCUCUGCAGAGAGCCGUGACCGGAUACAACGACCCCUACACGGGGAACAAGAUCUCCCUUUUCCAGGCCAUGAAGAAAGGCCUCAUCGUCAAAGAUCACGGCAUCCGCCUGCUGGAGGCUCAGAUCGCCACUGGCGGCAUCAUCGACCCAGUGCAAAGUCAUCGCCUGCCCGUCAACGUAGCAUACAAGCGGGGCUUCUUUGACGAGGAAAUGAACCGCGUCCUCUCAGAUCCCUCCGAUGACACCAAGGGCUUCUUUGACCCCAACACCCACGAGAACCUCACCUACUUGCAGCUCCGGCACAGGUGUCUCCCCGAUCCUGAGACCGGUCUGUUGAUGCUGCAAGUGUUGGACAAGGGCUCCUUUUCCUUCUAUCUGAACGACAGCACGAGAAAGGCCCUGCAGUCUGCCAAGACCAGGGUUGGCGUGGGCCUCUUCGAGGGCCAAGACGUCUCUGCCUGGGACCUCCUCUUCUCCAGAUACAUCUCUCCGCAUAAGAGGAUGGAGCUGCUGAAGCAGUACAAAGCUGGCACCCUAACCCUUGAGGAGAUCACCCACAUCCUCGUUACCACCGUUACCGAGACAGAGGAAAAGAACGCCAAGCUGACGGGCCAUGAACACGCUCCACGUACACCUCAAGCAACAUCACCAAAGCGAGACACUGCUCAGCCAUCCUUCGAAGAGAACUGGCAGAAGACCUUGAGGUCCACGACCCUCCAAAUGCCUGCUGGGCCGCAAAGAGGCCAGACGGUCACUGUGUGGGACCUGCUCUUCUCCAACUAUAUCACAGAAGAAAAGAGGGCAGAGUUCUUGGACUUGUACAAGAGAGGGAUGAUAUCAGUGGACCGGUUGAUCCAUGUCCUCACCACCCUGGUCACCAAAAAGGAAGCCACAAGUAGGAAAUUGGACAUUAAAGUGAGAAGCCCCAGCAACGAUGACCCUGAGCAGGAGGAGGAGGAGGAAGACGAUCAUUAUGAUGAUGAUGAUGAGGAGGAUGAUGAUGAAGAGGAGAUGGACGCGCCAGUACUGGGAGAAAAAGAAGCGGCUCUGAAAUCUCGGAAGGUUAAAGUCACCGCAAGCGCAUUCCAUGGAAGGAAGGUCUCCGUGUGGGACGUGCUCCACUCCAAAUACAUCCCUGAGGAGAAGCGGAAGGAGCUGCUUCAAUGCUAUAAAUCCGGCAUCCUCACCAUUGACCAAAUGGAAACUGUAGUCACCGCCAUCGUCAACAAAACAGAGAAGGAGAAAACAAAGGAAGCAUCCCACUCGCCCUCGGAAAGCUGGGAGGAGCCCUUGCGGAAUCACACUGUGGUCCUGCAUGUGGGUGAGUUCCAGGGGCAAGAAGUCUCCCUGUGGGACCUCCUCUUCUCUCAGUACAUCUCAGAGGGCAAAAGAGAAGAGCUUCUAAGCAUAUAUAGACAUUGUCAACUUACUCCUGAGGAAUUGGCAGCUGUUCUUUCUACUCUUAUUACUGAAAUGUCAGAGCAAGGUAAUAAAUUUUCAGCAGAUAAUCUAUCAGCUGCUGACAUGUCUUCAUCUGGGACAGAAGAAGCAUCACUUCUGGAAUGGGAAGAAAAGGAAAAAGCUCUGAAAUCCCGAAUGGUGGAAGUCACCACAGGUGAUUUCCGUGGACAGAAACUUUCUGUAUGGGACAUCCUUCACUCCAAGUACAUCCCUGAGGAGAAGCAGAAGGAGUUGUUGAAGCUGUACAAAUCUGGUAUCCUCACCAUUGACCAAGUAGAAACUGUUGCCACCUCCAUUGUCACUAAAACUGAGGAGCAUCCGGAGAGGACUUCACAUCUUAGCAGUGACACAACUGAGCAAAAGGAUACUGAAGCUCCAGAGUCAUCAUACUAUGACCUUCUCCAGCACACCUUGCGCCUUAAAAACAUUGAUGUCACCAUACGAGAAGUCCAUGGUCAAAAGGCUUCCGUCUGGGAUCCUUUCUUUUCACGGUUUGUCUCUAAUAUCAGGAAAGAGGAGAUUGUACACAGACAUGGAGCACCAACAGUAAGCGUUAAAGAAAGUAUUCAAAGCAUCACUACACUUAUUACAGAACCCGCAAUGGGUAGUGGCACACCAUGCAGAAGUGAGGAAACUCCCACUGAAGACAUUAAACCACCCAGAACACUUGACGCUUCUCAGGCAGAAGACCAAGAGAAAACACAGGAUUCUUUGAAAUCCAGACUGGUCAACGUAUCCAUUGGUCAAUUCCAUGAGCCCCAUAUAUCACUGUGGGAUCUACUCCAUUCUCAUUAUAUCCCUGAGGAGAAACGGAAGGAGCUGCUGCAACUGUACCAAUCUGGCAUCCUCACCAUUGACCAAAUGGAAACUGUCAUGACUUCAAUCAUCAACAGAACAGAGGAGGAGAAAGUCACUGACCCUGGAUGUGUUGCAAGUCCAAACCAAGAGACACGGUUGCCAGAAAGAGAUGAGAACGUUUGCCUCUCCCCUUCCUCUUCUUUGGAAAACAUGCUACGCUCUGAGAGUUUUGUGGUGCCAGUUGGAGAGUUCAAAGGGCAGAUGGUGUCUUGCUGGAAUCUUCUCUCCUCCAAAUACAUCUCAGAGGAGAAGAAGCAGGAACUUCUAAACAAAUGUGAAGCCAAAGUGCUCUCUGUGCAGGAACUUAUCGGCAUUCUCACCAACAUCAUCACCAAAAUGGAAAAGUGUGACAGAGAUCAGUCAGCAAGUGCGGAGGGCAGCCUCACAGAGGAACACGUCGAUUCACAUGCACGGCAGCAGCAGCUGAGGAAAUCCUUGAGGACAACUAUGGUCCACGUGACUGCCGGAGAGUACAAGGGGCAAAAGGUGUGUGUGCUGGAUCUUCUGUUUUCUAAGUAUGUCCCUCAAGAUAAAAGGCAAGAGCUCCUUGAACUGUACAGAGCAGGGACACUGCCCAUUCAAGAAAUGAUAACCACGAUCACUGCCAUGAUUGAUGAGGUUGAAAGCAAGCAUGGGAAGCACAACAGAAAAAUGUCCUGCAGAAAAGGGAAAGUAUGUUGGAAGGACCAGGGUGCCCACUCAUAG